UAUAAUUAUUUCCCAAAGUGAUUAUGAGCUACUUAGUAUAUUUCUCUUGAAAUGGAAAAGUUAUUUAUCUCCUUUAAAUGUAAGAUAUCCAUUUCUCUGUUGUUGAUACAGCCCUAAAUUUGCAUCAGUUCUCUUCUCCGAGCCAUAAAUGUUUGGUAUAGGACACUUGACUUUCACUAAUGGCUUUCAUCUGUCUUUCCAAGUGAUAUCAACUGCUAACAUGCUCUUUCUUGGCCUUAUCAGUGACAAGCGUCUUCAGAAAAAAGAAGCCCAUUAGUGCUAAGUCAUGGUAUAGGAGGGAUAGGUCUUUUCAACAAGCAAUUUUUUGCCGCCUUCUUGUGUACUGUCCCCAUCGGACAUUGCUUAGGAAGAGUCUUUGAGAUCUAAUUAAGAUCUGUUUCCUUGCUCUGUCACAGCGCCCUACAAGGGCCGCCAGGCAAUAAUGAAGGUUCUUUUACUGAAGGAUGCUAAGGAAGACGACGGUGGCCAGGAUCCAUACAUCAGGGAAUUAGGAUCAUAUGGACUUGAAGCCACUUUGAUCCCUGUUUUAUCAUUUGAGUUUUUGUCUCUUCCCAGUUUCUCUGAGAAGCUUUCUCAUCCUGAAGAUUAUGGGGGACUCAUUUUUACCAGCCCCAGAGCAGUGGAAGCAGCAGAGUUGUGUUUGGAGAAAGACAAUAAAACUGAAGUCUGGGAAAGGUCUCUGAAAGAAAAAUGGAAUGCCAAGUCAGUGUAUGUGGUUGGAAAUGCUACUGCUUCUCUAGUGAGUAAAAUUGGCCUGGAUACAGAAGGAGAAACCUGUGGAAAUGCAGAAAAGCUUGCAGAAUAUAUUUGUUCCAGGGAGUCCUCAGCACUGCCUCUUCUGUUUCCCUGUGGAAACCUCAAAAGAGAAAUCCUGCCGAAAACGCUCAAGGACAAAGGGAUUGCCAUGGAAAGCAUAACUGUGUAUCAGACAAUUCCACACCCAGGAAUCCAAGGGAACCUGAACAGCUACUACUCCCAGCAGGGAGUUCCAGCCAGCAUCACGUUUUUCAGUCCCUCUGGCCUUACACACAGUCUCAAGCACAUUCAGGAGUUAUCUGGUGACAGUAUCGAUCAAAUUAAGUUUGCAGCCAUUGGCCCCACUACGGCUCGUGCGCUGGCCGCCCAGGGCCUGCCUGUAAGCUGCACUGCAGAGAGCCCCACGCCACAAGCGCUGGCCACUGGCAUCAGGAAGGCACUCCAGCCCCAUGGCUGCUGCUGAGUCAGCCACCUGGCGCUUGCCCCAUGCAGCAUCCCGGGGCUGGGCUCCUCCCAACGGGGCUGGCUCUGCGUGGAGCCAGGCAUCGGCAAGGGCUCUUGGGAACUGAUGCCACCAGACUCCUGCCUCAAGCCUGAGUGGAAAGCACCUGAGGACUGGGGAUCAGGACCUGACCUGGGGCUGGGAUCAGGCCCACGUGCACAUGACUGCUUUCUUUGGAAGCCAGCUUGAACCCUAGCCUUGUGAGAGCUUCCUGUGCCCAGCAGAAAGGAAAUCAAAUAAACCACACUGGCUACCUGUGCUUA